AGGUCUUUUCGAGUUUUAUCAGCUCAUCUUUGUUUGAAAACAAGACCUGGGGUGUUAAGGCCGAGUUGUGUCGUUUUGUUCAGCAUCAUUCAUCUGCAGUCAACAUGCAACAAGGAUGGCACAGCUUCAUUUUCUUGCUGGUGUUACUUUACCAAAGUGAUGUCAAAGCAGUGGACUUCACCACCUGUGAGGGUGAUACUGCCCGACUCACCUGUGAUUUAACAUCAGAGGUAAUCGCCUGCGAAUUAGACACUCUCGAGAUUAGUUGCGAUGCGGGACACAUUAAAGUGCUUUCAGCCAAUUAUGGACGUACAAACCGUGCAACCUGCUCCGAAGAAAAAACGUCUGUUCAGAUCUCAAAUGUUUACUGCAUUCAGAGUUCAUCUCUAAACAUUGUGGCCAAUCUAUGUGAUGGACAGAGAGAUUGCUCAGUUUCUGUAAGUAACACCAUUUUUGGUGAUCCGUGUGUAGGGACUUACAAGUAUCUGGAUGUGUCCUACACAUGUGUACCACCAGGUGUUGCAAUACAGAAACGCACCGCUUGUGAGGGAGACGCAUUCAGUCUCAACUGUGGCUCUCAACAUAUUAAGGUGCUUUCGGCCAAUUAUGGGCGAACAAAUCGGGCAGCGUGCUCCGGGGGAGUACCAACUGAUCAGCUCUCAAACAUUUACUGCACUCGGAGUUCAUCACUAAGUGUGCUGACCAAUCGAUGUGAUGGAGAACACGCUUGUUCACUUUCUGCAAGUAACACAGUUUUUGGUGAUCCAUGUCCUGGUACCUAUAAAUACUUGGCUGUGACCUAUAUUUGUCACCCACACUAUCCAUUUAUUAAAGUGGUUUCAGCCAAUUAUGGGCGAACAAACAAGAAAACCUGCUCCAAUGGAAAACCAGCUAAAUGGUGCUCAAAUAUUUACUGCUCUCAGAGUUCAUCCCGAAGGGUGCUGGCCAAUCGAUGUAAUGGACUAAAAGAUUGCUCUGUUCCUGUGACUAACGAGGUAUUUGGCGAUCCAUGUGAAGGAACCUACAAAUACUUAAAGGCAUCCUACACUUGUGAACCUUGUUAGAUCCAGCCUCUUCGACCUUAAAGUGAAAACAUCUACACAUCAGAAAUCAACACUAUGACCUUCUGUAGACUUUAUUCAUGAGUUUUCUUGAUUUAAUUGGUGAAUUUGUAUUAGCAUGUUUCAAACAUUGUUACAGACUGACAUUGUGUAAAGCUGGCCAUCAUUACUUGUAUGUUGAUGUUUCAAUAAACCCAACUUCUUAUA